AGCAGCAGACCAACGAGGCAGAGGACGAGGAGAGAGCAGCUCACGCACAUACAUACGUAGCUCUGUACAUCAUGGCAGCGCGCGAGACAGUGGUGGUCAAGUCCAUCCAGAUGACUGACGAGCAGCGUGACUACGCCAUCGACUGCGCAACCAACGCCCUCAUUGACUUUAACAACGAGCAUGACAUGGCGUCGUCGAUCAAGUACAAGUUUGACGACUUUUACGCGCCGACCUGGCACUGCAUUGUCGGCCGCAACUUUGGCUCCCAUGUCACCCACGAGGUUGACCACUUUAUCUACUUUUACAUCGGACAGAUGGGCUUCCUCCUGUUCAAGACCGGAAGCUAGAGCCGAGUAAAGCCCGCAACCGCCC